AUGGAUUGCUACAUUGUAAUCUUCCACCCCUACCGUUCGCUCGAGUCGAUCAUUCCCGAGGGCUCGCGCAUUCCCCCCACAAGCAACAACGGCGCAACCGGUACCAACUCCACAUCUGGCAACGCUGGGGCAGUCGACCAAUCACUACCCAAAGACAUACGCGAGCUUUACCAAACCGCGUGGUAUAUACUCAAUGACAGCUAUAAGACCGAUGUGUGUCUGUUGUAUGCACCUCAUUCCAUUGCCGUGUCCGCGUUGUACCUGGCAUGCACGAUUAAGGACCGCGAGAAGAAGCCCGAGGUUCGGCAGUGGUUUGCAGAAUUGAAUCUGGACAUGGAGGAGGUAAAGAGUGUGUGUGUGCGUUUGUGUGAUUUUAUGUGA